AUGCAAAAGAGGUCGAAUGAUGCUGAUUGGAUUGGCAGUUGCAGUGGUUUUUGUGAUUGACAAUACGAUUGAUACCGAGUGGAGAAUGUGAAGAGGGGCAAAAACUUGAAGACUGGAUCCAUUCGACUAAGUUUGAAUAGAUUCAAACCGCACCAGAUUAGAGAUGUGUAUACAUGAACGGAGAAUGCAAAUGCGAGUGGAUUGGUCGAAUCGAACGAAAUCGUAAUCCAGGAACAAGCAAGAUACCCUUUUAGAUCAGAGCUGGAUGUCCGUUUGAUCUGAAAUUCGAAAAGUGCAUAGAAAUGCCCAUCUGGAGCCACAGUACGGUCGAGUCACCAUCUGAACAGUUUGAUUAACUGUAUAAAGUUGUUCUCCUUCCCUUAUGUAACAGUUUCCUAUCCAAUUCCAGAAGGAACACCACAAAAACCAAUUUUGUUUCUCUGAUUCUCGAACCCCGCCAUAUCACAUAAUUGAGGCCUUUUUGGUGCAUAACGGAGCCCAGUCCGUGCCCUAUAAUUAUGAAUCAUAUGAAUCGGCAACUGUCGCGACCGCUGCUCCAUGAGCACCGUUCUCGACCCAGUUUAUUCUAAACAAUAUGCUUCAAUAACUAUACAAUCUCUUUCCCAAUCAAUCAAUUCUAAUCACGCAAUCGAUACGAGUCGAUCUGGCUGCGCGCCAGAACGACCACUCUCUCACCACACGCGCCGGCGAGAGACGCAGACAACUAAAUCACCGUACUUUCGGGCGCGGCGAGACCCACGCGAUCAUCAACGUCGUCAAAUCCUAAAAUAAUUUCAGAAUAUUGAGGGAGGGAGUGAGCCUCAACAUUCAGUUGCUUUCACUUUGAGUUCAAGCUUGCGUUGGUUUCCAACCACGCUCUGAAGAGAGAGAGAGAUUGUACUAAACACUAAAUGACCUAAACACACUACACUAUAAUACAAUCACUCCUUCCUCCCUUUCUUUCCCGCUCCGCUUCUCGAUGUCUCCACGCCCGGGCUUCGCUGGCGACUCCAUCGUCACCUGUGGCUCUACAACGAUUGCGGAGCUCUUCCCUUUUAACCUUUUACCUGUUUUCCCCUUUUAUUUACCCCUGCAGUAGCCGCUUGUCAAGUUUUUCCGCACAAACCCGCUAUAGCGUUUCUUGACAAUAAACAGUGCGUCUACAACUCGUUCACCUCUGGAAACAGGCUAAAACUGGGACGAUCCGGGGAGGGAAGAGUUCUACUAUACCAAUUACCCCUUUAUCCGCGUCUCUUGAUUGGCAUCCCCAAUAAGAUCCGCGACAUGGUGCAUCGACCGGUUUUUUAUCGUUUUCUUGUACUCACCACGAGAAACACGUAUAAAUCCGUCGCAAACGAAAAAGUCAAUAAUUCUCAACGAAUCUCUCGAAAUUGCGAUAACCGGGCUCAAAAUAUACGAACAAUGUGUCAUGCACAUCUAUAUUUCUCCAAAAAGUUCUAAAUCUCUAUAAAAGCAGCCUAAACUCCACAAGGAUUUCGUUAUCAAGGCUGCAGGCGAAGUCAACCAUCGCAUCUCGGCCUGGCGGCGAGAGAGUGGCAAGCGAUGGAGGAGACGCAGACACUCAGACGGGUGUCGACGCCUUGCCGCCCAGAGUUUUGCUCAAGUUCACCGUCGACAGGAACUUCAAGCGUUCUCGAAUACAACAAUCUAUACGAACCACUGAACCCUAAACAAAAAUCUAUUACUACAUCUAGUUCUCUUUCCGAUAAACCAACUCUAUCUAAACCUCCGUUCCAUCUAGAGAGCGACAAGAAGCAGAGAGGCCGAGGAACGCAGCAAGCGAAAUCCUCCUGCCUCCGACAAGGAAAGAGUUGAACGACUUCAUUUCGGAAGGACACGAGCUGUUCGACGGAGAGUUAGAGUGGUCGACGACGGGAGAAGGCGACGACGAGCAGAGGAUGGAGGACGUCGAGGAUGUCGACAUGGCAGGGCUCGACCGGUUGUUCGAGCGUGAAGGUUUCGAAUUCCACCUGAUCGAACCAGCCACGCCCGAACCUUCCGCCGCUCCAGAGCCUUCGGAUGCCGCCGAACCAGCAAUCAUCUAA